CCAGUGGAAUGAUGAACAGAUGAAGCACACGUCCACCGAAUCAUCUGGGGCUUUCCAGCUUCAGCUUCCAAACACAGCAGCUUGCUCAUCAGCUGUGUUCUUGCGCAGGACUUACCGAGAUGAUAUGGCAACAUCGAAGUGACCUGACAGCCUGAUACAACCCACUUGUGUCGAUCGGAUAGGGCCAUUAACCUCGUAUCGAACUCAACGAUCCGAGAAGUGAGAGCACGCCUACAUAUAUACCCUAAGAGCCAAUGUAUCCCAAGCACCUCGGUCGAGCUAGCUUACGAAUUAAUAAACAGCAAUGGCGAACACUAAGAUUGCGGUAGCCAUCGCCAUCCUGCUAGCUCUGCUUCAGGUGUCAUGCGCCGCAGCCCGGCGGCACGGCAAACCAGCUCAUGGCGACCACGACGGCAACGGCACCCCUGCUGUGAUGACGGUAAACGGUUUCGAGCGAGGUGAGGAUGGCGGCGGCGCAGCAUCGUGUGAUGGCAGUUUCCACAGCGAUGACAAGCUGAUCGUGGCGCUGUCCUCGCGGUGGUACGCGGGAGGGAAGAGGUGCGGUGAGGCUAUCCGCAUCACAGCGGAGAGCGGGCGGAACCGUGAGGGCACGGGUCGUGGACGAGUGCGACUCCCAUGGAGGAUGCCGCAACAACAUCGUGGAUUCCUCCCGAGCCGUUUGGAAGGCGCUCAGGCUCGAUACGGAUGUCGGCGAGGUCCACGUCACGUGGUACGACGCCUGAACACGCUACACACCGAGUUGGAUGGCCGCCCGACCACGGAGAAAUUGGGAACCACGGCGCGCGGUUCUGUCCUACCAAUUGUUAUCACUACACUCUCCACGUACUUGAUAGUGGAAAGGUCGAUACGAUCGAAUAAAACUUCCCUUCCACAACAAAUUGUUGCUUGGGAAAAGAUCAAGGGCCCUUGGGGUCCACCGGUCAAAGAGAUCGCACGAGAUAAGAACCUCCGAACUACUAGGGGCCACCCAUUUUGUCAUGGGUUUCAGUGGCAGCGGUUGCACGACCCUGCCCAGAUCCAGAAGAGAGAGAGAGAGACGGUGGGGCUGCAGUACGAUCUCGUCGGGAACCCAUUGGGCGCGGUUCGCGCCACCUUCGAGAGGACGACCGCUGCCGCUGCGGUGGAGUCUGGAGGAGCCGACCCUGUGGCGGCGUUCCGUGGCAAAGACUGGGGUGCCGGCGACCUCUUCCGCUCCUUCCUCCUCGAGCAAGACGAUCUUGGCAAGGUUCAGGUGUUGGAUUCGUCAAAUCUUGGAUUGAUCAAACCAGACACCCUGGUCCGGUAUCGGGGAAUGGUUCAGGAUAUGCUUGGGAAUGAGUACUACAUUGGUGCUUUCAAGGUACUGGACUAA